UGUCUUUCCUUAUCCUUAAUGACAAUUCUUUUUCCUCUACAACAGUACUCUUUUAUUUCUGUUGUAUAUAUUGCAUGGCUUAUCCCUUUAGUUCUUCUCUUCUAUUAGUAGUCACUAAAAAUCAGUAUAAUAAUGUCUAAUCAAGAAAAUGGUAGCUUGCCUGAUUUUAUACUACCUGAUUCUUUGUACACUGAAACCAUCAGAGAAGUUCAUUCAGCUGUCGAACAUGAUUGGGAUUCUUUGAGACAAUCAGCAUGUCAAACUGCAGCUGGAAGGGCGCUAUGGAAACAUGUGAUCCAUGAUCCACUAGCAGAGUUACUUGCAGGGGAGACGUACCUGAAAAAAUUGUAUGAGAAGAUUAAGAAAGAUAUCCUCAACAAUGCUAAAGAGAUUUCUGGAGUUAUCAUUGCAGUAAGGACACUAUGGUUUGAUAAGGGAAUUGAAGCAGCUCUUACUUCUUUUGAUGGCGGAGGAGCACAAGUUGUCAUUCUUGGAGCAGGUAUGGAUACAAGGGCAUAUCGCUUGAGUUGCUUGAAAGACAGCAACAUGUUUGAGGUUGAUUUUCCAGAGGUCUUGCAGAUGAAAACCACUAUUGUAGAGGCAGCAACAGAAACAACAGAUGAACAAAAGCACCAACUAAUGAUGGCAAAAUCAUUGAACAGAGUGGCAGCGGACCUGAGAGAAAAGAACUGGCUUGAAAAGCUUCAAGAAUCAGGCUUAAAUCUAAAUACGAAUACAGUGUGGGUAUUAGAGGGAAUUCUCUACUAUCUUUCUCACUCAAAUGCAAUGGAAGUACUAAAGAUUAUAGCAAAUAACUGUACCUCUGCUCAUACAGUACUCUUAGCGGACUUCAUGAACAAGCAAUCAACCACAAUGUCCAGCUCAAAUUUCCAUUUCUAUAGCGACUAUCCUGAUGAGUUAUUGCCAUCACUAGGAUUUUCUGAUGUUAAACUUUCUCAAAUUGGUGACCCAGAUGCACAUUUCGGGUUGUUGCAUGACCCACUAAAUUUGUUCAACAAGUUGCGCAACUUGCCCAGGUCACUUCAAACUCACCCAGAUGGAACCCCAUGUUGUAGGUUGUAUUUGCUUCAGGCUUCUGGAGAACCACCAAACAAGACUAUUUUGUGAAUAUUAUAAGAAUGGUUCACCAAUAAAGUCUAACUUGCUGUUAGAGCUUAGAAGCACCUACUCGUUGAUUGUUACUGUCAUCGUUCCACAUUAGUUAUACUGGCAACAAUAUCGUUUAAGCUAUGACUAGUACACUUUUUAUCUUUUCAA